GGGUACGUGUAUUACAACAGCGAGUGCCAGCGCCCACAAAAGACCCAGUUGGACCUGUCAGCUCCUUUGUUUCACCAAGCAGACAUAAUAACUUACCAGCAAAGCAGAGUAAGCCACGUGCCUCUGCAUGACACCACCAGCUGAUAACACACAAGAAAAAUAACCAAUUUAGACUAGAGCCCUAUCUUUUCUUGAGAAGCUGGGAUUUGAAGGAGCUAUUCUGAGAUCUGUGCUGCUAGUGAGUGACUGAUAACAUUAUAGACUGGAUUGGUCCCUGAGUUCAGAGACUGAGUUGCAAUUGAGUGAAAAAUAGACAACGACAUCUUGAAGAAUUGCACGGAGGUGCAAGCCAAAUUUAACUCUGGUCGCCAAGUAUUGUUGGUUGGACUGAGAAAUUGCUAAACCAGACCUGUAAUAGGACUGGUUAUUUGGGUAUCUCUCUUUGUCAUUGUUGCCUUUUACUGUUACAUUGCUUUCUGUGUUAUUUCUCUAAGCCCAGAUGUUCUCAGAUAAUUCACAUUGCCCGGACUGUGGACAGCAGUGGUUCCCUAGUUUAGAACUAGGCCAUUGGUUGUACCAAACUGAACUUGUUGAAAAUGAGUGUUACCAAGUAUUCUUAGACCGUAUUAACAGAGCGGAUUAUUGCCCUGAGUGUUACCCUGAUAAUCCUGCUAAUAGAAGCCUUGUUCUUCCUUGGUCUUUCCCACUUGAGUGGGCGCCCCAAAAUCUUACUAGAUGGACCUUUGAAAAAGCUUGCCACCCGUUUCUUCUGGGUCCUCCACUGGUUAGAAAAAGGAUACACGACUCUAGAGUAGCUGGCUUUAACCCUGCAUUGCAGUUAAUCUUGACCAGAACAGACAAAACCUUGAACAAAAAACUUGGCCAAAACAAGUAACUUCUUAAGCAGUCAAAAUUAGGGAGACUCUAGAGUUUAUACUAGUAGCUCAAGGAAGAUUGGGAAAAUGAAUCCUUUCUAAAUCUGAUCUGGACUGUCACUACCUUGGGGAAUUGCUUCAAUUGUUGGAUCUGCUCCCAUCGGCUACACAUACUUUGUUCAGCAUGAAUUUAAUCAUAAUUCCAGUCAGACUAUUCAUCUAGAACCAGUCUAAUCUACGUGCCCUAUGUUUUGGAAUUAGCUUACCCAUCCUAAGAAGCUCCACAGCCUUAUUACGGAUGUAUGACAGGAUAGUCCUGGAGGAGAGGCCCUGUACUCUGUGUACCAUAAUGAUACUUUUAGUGAUAACUUUUGUGGGAAAGCAUCUUUGUAGCUGGAUUAUAGAUUAUUCCAGUAAAACAGCUAGAUAGUUUAGUAAGAAACUGCAUUGUUCUCCAUUCCACCUCUUACACGUUAACCAGUGGUAAUAUCUACACAGGAUACACACAAACAUGCAGAAAUGCCACUAUCUUUACUUGACUCUACAUAGCAAAGGCUGUCCUGUUUUUGUGGUGACUGAACUUCGAAUGUCCUCCUCUGGAAAUGGAAAAGUACUUAUACUAUGAGAUAGGUGACAAAAGGAGUUACCAAGCUUGACUCCAUAGACACUAUGCGGAAGCAUCUUUCUGAGAACUAACAGUGUCUUGCUGGACAUUGACCACAUUCUGGCCUUCACCUGUUGAUGAGAAUCAUGGAACUAGAGUAUAGGAGAAA